AUGGUUCUCUUUCUCAGAUUGCGACUUGGUGUCGUGCAUGCGCUGUUGAUUGUGGCGGUUGUGUGUAGCCUACAUGCCGCUUCCAUCGUGGCUGGAGAGUCACCGUUGUCGAGCUCCAUUGUGUGCACAUGUCGCUGCUGCUACCAGGGUGGGUGCAGCGCGCUCACGAACGUAUCGUGGGUCAUAAGCUCCUGCAAUGAGUGCACCACUAAGAUGUGCAAUGACUACAUUUCUCGCCAGCAUGUGCGCGAAGAGACAGCGCGCCUCUUCGAGGGGAUUCAAGGUAAGCGUCCCUUUAACGGCACCGUGGUGGUACAGGAGUGCAAAGUUAUUGCUGUGCUGGAGGCGUCCACGUGCACGGAGAAGAGUUGCAAGCGAACGUCAACCAUCAAGGCGGAGUGCUACGAUCGCAAUGCACCUCUCAUCAAGUACUCCAUCAUUUCGUUUGUACUUAUCACGAUCUUCGCUGUCAUCUUCGGUAUUAUCAAGAACCACAUCCCAGCUCUCCAGUCCUUGAACGAAAAGUACUUCAACUACUGA